AAAUUGGAUUUUUUUAUGUAUAUAUUGGUCUUUUUGAUAGGACCUCUUGUGCAAACAAAAUUAGGAUCUCUGAAAGGUGCCUUCUUGACUGUGAAGGGCAAGGACACAGUUGUUAAUAGUUAUCUAGGUGUACCAUUUGCCAAGCCCCCCGUGGGACCCCUGAGACUGGCUAGUCCCCAGCCUGCAGAGAAAUGGGACGGAGUGAGAGAUGCGACCAAACAGCCACCCAUGUGCAUCCAGGACAGGCAAGUUAGUGUCACUGAACUUAAGUUUCUCGGUAUGGAUGUGGAGAUUCCCAAGGUGUCGGAGGACUGCUUGUAUCUCAACAUCUACACUCCAGUCAAACCUGGCCAAGACACCAAGCUACCAGUGAUGGUUUGGAUUCAUGGUGGAGGACUUGCUCUUGGUUCAGCUUCAGUGUAUGACGGCUCCGUUCUGUCAGCGUAUCAGGAUGUGGUUGUGGUGCUGAUUCAGUACAGAUUGGGUCUGCUGGGAUUCUUAAGCACGGGAGAUGAACAUGCUCCAGGAAACUAUGGUUUUCUGGAUCAGGUCGCAGCUCUUCAGUGGGUUCAGGAGAACAUCCACAGCUUCGGUGGAGAUCCUGGAUCAGUGACCAUCUUUGGAGAGUCUGCUGGAGGAAUAAGUGUAUCCACGCUGAUUCUUUCACCAUUGGCUUCUGGUCUGUUUCAUCGUGCCAUUGCAGAAAGUGGGACGGCCUUGUGGGACGGUUUAGUGAUGGGAAAUCCUUUACUGAGGGCUCAGAACGCAGCCAAAUUAUGCAACUGUGACAGCAGCAGCUCAUCGAAGAUCGUCGACUGCAUCAUGCGCUGGUCCGAGGAGGAAGUUCUGCAAUGCUCUAAUCAGUUUGCGAUGAUGCACUUCAGUCUCGCUCUGGAUUCCUAUUUCCUUCCCAAACCUGUAGAAGAUAUCGUUCAGAAGCAAGAGUUCAGUAAAGUUCCUCUCAUCACUGGAAUCACUGAUGAUGAGUUUGGCUUUUUACUGCCCGCAUAUUUUGCGGGUAAAGGAUGGAUUGAUGGGAUGAAUAAAGAGCAAGUCAUAAAGGGCCUGACCCUCACGUAUCCUGAUCCCAGGGAUCGAUGGAUCGUUGAUCUGGUGGCGAACGAGUACCUGGGUGACACAAGAGAUCCCAUUCAAAUCCGAGACAUUUACAGAGAGAUGAUGGGAGACAUGAUGUUCAACAUCCCUGCCCUCCAACUGGCAAAAUACCACAGCGCUUCAGGAGCGCCGGUUUACCUGUACGAGUUCCAGCAUCCUCCCAGUAUGAUCCAGAAGAACAGGCCCAGCUUUGUUGGUGUUGACCACACAGAUGAACUGUUCUUCAUCCAGGGCACCUGCUUCGCUCAAGCCAACCUCAGAGCAACCGCUCCUUUCACAAAGGAAGAGGAAGAGCUGUGCAGGACUGUGAUGGGAUACUGGGGGAACUUUGCACACACCGGGUCUCCGAAUGGUCCGGGUCUGACACACUGGCCUGAAUAUAAGGAUGAGGCUGAGUAUCUCGGCAUUGGACUGGAACAGAAAACUGGGAAGAACCUGAAAGAGAAACACUACACAUUCAUGACCAAGACACUUCCAGAUCUCAUACGCCAAGGCCGAGAGAAAACAGAGCACUUAGAACUGUAAAAAAAACAAAAAAAAAAAACAAAUGGUGUUCAUUAGAAAUGAACUUGAAUGUGUGGAUAACACAGAUAAAAAAUUAAGAACUGGGAUUCAUCAUAAGCAUUAAAAUACCUAACCUGGUGUAUUUUGGAGCUGAAGCUCAAAUUUGAUAAACAAAUGUACAAAUAAAUGAUGUGACAUACAUUGAACUAACUUGUACUGAUCUGUUUUGCACUUAAAAAUAAAAGUCGGACAACGUUCAA